GGGAAAAUGGGGUAUGGGACAAUACUUUUGAGUACUGAGUUACCCAGGUAGUACAGUACUGGUAGACUUUUAUGUGACUGAUUUCCCUUUAGAAAAAUGUUAAAUUAUUUCUGAAGACAAUUAUUGCUGGACUGUCUAUCCAAGGAGCCCCACCUUCUUAGUCUGCUGUGCUGAACUUUUCGGUAUUGUACAUGUUUCAUCCUCAUACCACCUUUUUCUUUUUCUUUUCAAUUUCUUUUUUUUUAUCUUUUAUUUUAGCAAAAACAAAAGUGAGGGAGAACUGAUAUCCUCAUUCCAGGAUACUCAGGCUUUUUUUUUUACUCCGAUAUUUAUCGUUUGAGAGGACUUAUUUUAUUGCUGGUUUGUAUGUGCCGUAGUUGGAUGGACCGGGUUUUAAGAAUGUUGAACCAUACAAGCUACAGGACAGCAACAUAACACCUCCAAGGUAAAAAAUAAAAAUAAAAAGUACCAUAGGAGCCGAAAUUCCGAGUUUAUACCCCGCGUAAACAUCCACCAGGAUGAUAUAAAUUCCAAAUGAACGUCACAGUCCCUCGUUUCAUCACCAGCAAAAAAAAAACCCCCUUCAGAUCUUUCUAUUCAAGGCCCUCAGGUGGUAACCAUCCAAGAUAUACCAGUACCGCAUUCAUACUCUGCUGGCGCUGUGGUAUGGCAAAAGAUAAAAGAUAAAUACCGGUAAUAGAGAGAGAGAACAAAAGAGAGUAUGAGUGAGUAGUCAUGCCCUGGGCAACAGCAACAACCGAGCUUCCACUCAAAGUGCCGGUCCAAAGCCAGCCUCCGUUCCCACCAUCACCACCACAACCGCCACCGCUAGCUCCCGGCUGGCAAAAAUCAGACACCAUAUUCCUCCAGCCAGCAACAGAUAAGACGCUCGCAGCGAUAAUGGCAGACCCAGCCGUGUCCCCACGGUCCUCCAUAGCGCACAGCAGACGGCACUCGCUCAAGUCGAUGGGAAACAUCAACUUCAGCCAGAUGUCCCUAUCCCCGCUGACGUCAGGCUCUGUGAUCACAGAGCAGGACUUCCGCAGGAAAGAGCGGAGGGGUAGGGAGGGGAGCUAUAUCCAGGGCCUAUCGGUAUAUAGUCAUACCAUGCCAUGCUGCUACUAAAUCUGCUUUUUGAUCUUAAAUCGAGGGAAUUGGCUAAUGCGCGAGGCAAUAUUGAUAAAAAAAUGAAAAAUGCAGGCAUCCACUACACCGGGAAUAUUGAGCCGAAAUCACUCUUUCUCGUCCAGAAAGGGUUCCUACAUUGGUUUGCCGAAAUCGAAAUCCUCGUCACAUCUAUCGCACCGCAGUAAUUCCACUGAAUGGCUGCAGAGGACCGGAGCAGCUUUGACAACCGAGACCCGGGAAUUCAAGGGCCAGUCGUGGCUGGUCUCCCGCGCGAGUAGCACCAGCCUGGUCAGAGAUGGCGAUGACGAUGAAAUCCUAAACACUUUCACUGCCACUACAGCUGGAACAAUAACACCCGCGAAGAGACCAUCAAGGGUAUUCAGCGAUGGGGGCUACACGUUGGAAGGAUUGAGUGGGGGCAACAGCUACUUCGAUCAAUUGGACGAGGAGCGCGGGCUAGAGGAAGAGGAGGAGGAGGAAGAGGAAGAGGAGAUUGACAUCGCCAAGGGGUUCGGAUUGGGACAGUUUGUCGAUAGGAUGAUUGGAUGGACUAUGUUUGCCGAGGAUGAUACCGGUGAUGACGAAAGUCUUGAUGGGUACGAGGAAGAGGAGGAGGAGGAGGCUCUGGCUAAGAAGGCGAAGUUUAGAAGUCAUAAUGUUGGGUUUGACACCAUUGGCGAGGAGAAUUUGAGAGAGCGAAGAAGGCUUAGAGACGAGGAUGAUGUGUGGCAGGAUCCGGCUUUGGUGUUUAGCAUCGUGUUAAGGGUUCUAUUGUAGAAAGUUUGUUCCAGACGCUGCCGCAGCGCUCCUGCUUCCCGCUUUCAUUUUAUUUUUAUAACCAUAACCAUAACCCACUAUCCAUUAGGCAUCG